UAGAAUUGUUUCGCUGUGGCGUGGAAAUGCUGAAUGUGUGAAAUUCAUCCCCUGUCAAAAUGAUCCAUCCAUUAAGUAAGUAAGAGCCCCAAAUCCCGACCAGAUUCAAUUCAAGGAUUACGUGUUACGCGUAUUCAACCAUGCUUUCCCAGUUCGAGGUUUUGAACAAUUUAAAACUUUUGUACAAAACAAUACUCGCCACCACCACAACCAGUCUUUUCAGAUCAUUGCGAGUCUUCUGAGGCUCAAUCAACAACAGUUUUUUCUUCUUCUUUCUUUUGACUCAAGCAUUUCAUUAUAUUAUUAGCUCCUCCAUUUACAAAAUGGUUCAGUGAAGAAAAAAUACACCAGGAAGGAAACUGCGAAUUCCAAUUGGUAGUGCAACUCACCUUCUUGCGUGACGCUUUGAGCCGCACAAUCCGAACCGUCGAGUCCGUCCGCCAGUUCAUAAAAAUACUGCAUGAAAACACAAACUAAUUUAUUUCGGUGUCGGAAGUUGGAUUAUUGAGUUCACAACUCAGGAAUAAUCAGAGUCAAAUAAUCGAAUAAUCACUGAUUGAUAUCUGCAUACAUAGUUAAAAAUGUAUUUUUAGGAGUGUCACAAAAUUUGUGACGCCAGUGAAUUUCAGCACGUGUUCAGCUUAAUUACUUGUGAGGGUAGUACAACAACGAGUUAUAAACAAUAGAAAACAUUAUCGAGUUACAGGUGUCACUGCGUACAUCUUAUUUUCGAUAAUGAGUAGUGAACACACCUACAAAUUAACAACAUAACCGCACGUCAAUUAAUUAUUCCGUCUGACUGAAUUCCACUUUGCAUGUCAAGAGAUGUGUUCAUUUGUGAUCAAUCAUUUCGCAUCGUAAUCUGAACGUUAUUAAGCACAGUAGAUGCCAAUCAAUAUAAUCAAUCAGAGUUAAUGCCAGUGCCCUCACUUUACUCGUUCAUAAAAUAAUAAGGACAUGAUAAAUUGGAAUGCGAACAUGAUGACAAAGACAAAGCAUUGCACUGCCGGGAGGCUGAGCUUGCUAAUAAUAGUGUACAUUCUUUGCAUUCCUUACGUCUGCGAGGGCUAUCCCACCACACCACCAGCAGGCAUUCCUUCGCAAAACGAUGAUGAUGGGAAGGUUGCUAUUGAAAUUGAAGUCGCCGAAACCCCCUCGUCAUUUAUUGUGGAUUCUACAGAUGUUGAAAAUGAGGCAGAAAAUGCAGCCACAGAGUUAACAAUCAAGUUUGACACAGAAUCCUUAAAUAAUACUACAUUAUCGUAUUUUUCUGACAAUGAUGACGAAGGCACAACAACUUUAUCUCCGCCAACACCACCGCCACCACCUCUCUUGUCAGAAGAACCAAUUGUACCAAUGGAGGUAAUCGACACAAAUACUGCUGCUGAAGAAUUAGAUCAAACCACCUCUUUCACGACGCCACCCACAACUGGCGAUGAGAUAACCCAAGACGAGCCUGAAGUCAAAAAGGAGAUUCUCAACGAGCUUCAAAACAUUUGGUACUACACUGAAGAAUUGGGUGAUGACCAGAAUUCCCUCAAGUCCUCGUUAUCCUCGCUCAUUCACAUGACCUACGCCAGGGUUUAUGACCAGUCAGACGAAACCUUGGUUCGUCUCAAAUUCCUCUUGAGACGACUGAGGGCAAAGUUAUUAGGGCAGCCAACGCAGAUUGAUGCGGACACAAUCGCUGACAAUCCUCCAACCACAAUUGUGACGCCAUAUGGUGAGGUCAAUGAUAUUCCUAAUGAAAACAGUGACACUAUCACCAUAAACGCUCAUCACCCUCUCAAAAGUUCUGCUGACAACAGCAACCAAACUGUCCAAACGAGAGACAAACGGAGCCUCGUUCAACAAAAGGACAAAAUACAAAUUUUUGCCAAUAAUGUCGACCCAGAUGACAAUGAAAAUUCUUUGUUUCCGCCCCUCAGCAGUGACAACAAUAAGAAACUUUUCUACUCUCAUGUCAAGGAGGUAACAGUUCCCAAAAUUCCUUCAAUCCUUGACUCUCACCACGGAUCUAGGGAAACUCUGAGGGAGAAAGUGAUGGAGAAUUCCAAUACUUUGUUAGAUGAGGACGUGAAGAGGGGCGAUUUUGUUCAUGUCACCAUAUUUCAGCCAGACAAGAAGAAUGGCACAAUCAUAUCAAUCCCCACUUCCACCAUGAAACCUCCAUUGUUUUCUUCUCAGUCACAGUUUUCCUCAAAUAUCAAACCUCACACAAAUGCCAAAUACCAGGACAUCCUUCACUUUAAUGUGCCCCAAUUGAAGCAAAAGUACAAAAUUGUUAAAACAACCCCUAAACCCAGAACUCACGUCAAAAAUUUGAUGACCGGCGAUGGCAAUAAUUCGCCACCAACUUCAAUUAGUACAAUGGAUGACAUUAUCCAAUCAAUUAUUGAAGUUUUGCGGUCUCCAAUUCCAAAACCAAACUACUUUUCUUCUGCCUCUUCGCACGAGAUAAAAAAUCCGGUCGCAUCACUUUUCCCAACUUUUACGAGUAAUAAAAAUAAAAAUAAUUCAGAAGCCUCGUUCUCAGAUCAGCCAGUGUUUGACAGCCUGCCUUCUUACCUUGAAAAGAUCGCUGCUGGGCUAGGCCUAGGAAACUUUUCCAAUUACAAUGACUUGCACGACAGCAGUGGCAAAAACUUUACCAAAGUCUCCAUGAUACGUAAUUCUGCUCUGACAUCGUUAAAAAAUGAGAAUGGGACGGAAGACAACAGCACAUUGGAAGAUGUCUUUGACGACGACGGAGGCGAUCUGCUCUUGACCCCGACUUCAGUAAUGAACGGCACAGUGGAGAAGGUGUUCGAGGUGAUAAAUGUUUUUGCAAAUCUGCCAAAUAAAUCUGGUAAAUCUGGCAGAUUUAUCCUAUUUUUCUCAAUCACCAUUUCCAUUGCAAGCAUUGCGGUCGGAUUGUAUUCCUUGGGACCACCAAUUGUGGCCGUCGGGGUGCUUGGCAUUGUGGUUCCAAUUUUAUUGUUGUUCUUAGUUCAAAACAGUGCUGGGAAGAAGAAGAAAGCUAAAACCGACAUUCUCAAUCAAUUAAAGGUUGAUGACUUUUUCCAGGCUUUAGACAUGAUUGCAGACGCUAUGAUUAAAUAUGAGAAAAAGGUGUAAUUAAUUGGGUACUAAUUUCUCAAGUCUACCGUAGAAAAAGGGGUUCGCACUGUGUACAAACAAAUUGUGGGGUAAUUUAUAUUAACGAGUAAUUUAUUACAUACUAUUUAUUACGUAGUCAGCAGCACUAAAAACAUACGAGAUGAUCGUAAAUCAUAAUAAAUUGCUUUGUGAUAUGGAUGUAUAUAAAUUGUUAUUUGUUUCUUUUUAAUACAAUAAUAAUCGUAUUGUUGCAAUAAAAGGGUGGUUAGCUUGUUUAUACUGUAAAA